AUGGAUUUUUAUUUAUUUUCUUUUUCGCUUUUGCUUCUGGUUUUGAGGUGUAUAGACACCCUGGCGCUCAGGCCCUCCUCCAAAAACAAAAUAAAAAACCAAGACACACUUUCGCUGGGGGAACUGCUGCUGCAGCAGCAGCAGCAGCAGCAGCAGCAGCAGCAGCAGCAGGCCGAAGCAGAAGCAGAUACGCAGCAGCACCAUGCAGCAGCAGCAGCAGAGAAGCAGCAGCAGCAGCAGCAGCAGCUGGUUGGGGCACUUCCUCCAGCAGCAGCAGCAGUGUCUACUGUAGAGGUCCUGAAUGCAGCAAACCAGGACUUGCUUCCUGCUGCUGCUGCUGCUUCAGAGCAAGAGGAGCAGCAGCUGCAGCAGCUGCAGCAGCAGCAGCUGCAGCGGCUGCAGCAGGAUGUGCUGCUGCCUGCCGCAGCUGCUGCCGAGCUGGGGGAGCAGCAGCUGCAGGAGCUGCAGCGGCUAGAGCAGCUGCAGCAGCAGCAGCAGCACGACUUGCUGCUGCUGCCUGCUGCUGCUGAGGAGCAGCAGCAGCAAAUGCUGCUGCUGCUGCCGGCCGAAGGCGGCGCCAUCUCCGUGCCCCUGGAGCAGCAGCAGCAGCAGCAGCAGCAGCAGCAGCAGCACGCACACUGCCUCCUUCUCGGGGACUUUGGUGUCUCCUGUUUGCUGCAGCAGCAGCAGCUAAAUCAAAUUUUAAUUAUUUUAAUUGCUUUUGUUUCUUUCAUUUCCUUUUCCAUUUUGGUGCUCUGCUGCUCUGCAGCAAAAACAAAAAAGCAAAAACACCGCAGCAGCAGCAGCAGCAGCAGCAGCAGCAGCAGCAGCAGCAGCAGCAGCAGCAAGCAGCAAAAGGAGAGAGAAGAGACUCUCCGCAAGAAGCUGCUCAAACUCAGACCCUAA